AUGGAGAACCAUACAGUCGUAACUGAAUUUAUUUUGCUGGGCUUUCCCAGCAUCCAAAAGGUGCGAAUCCUCAUCUUUGUGGGUGUCUUGGUGAUCUACGUACUAACCGUCACAGGAAAUGUCAUCAUUGUUGCCACUGUGUCUUACGAUUCUACGCUUCACAAGCCAAUGUACUUCUUCCUCGGCAACCUCUCUUUCUUGGGCAUCAUCUAUGUGUCUUCUACAAUCCCGAAGCUUUUGGCUAAUUUGCUAGUGAUCAAGAAAUCCAUAAGCCUCGCUGGUUGCAAAGCUCAAGCUUUCUCCCACUUUUUCUUGGGAGCCACGGAAUUCUUCCUCCUCACUGCCAUGGCGUACGAUCGGUACAUGGCUAUAUGCCACCCUCUUCAUUACCACACCAUCAUGAGCACCAGGGUUUGCGUUCAACUGGCAUGCGGCUCGUGGUUUGGCGGCCUGAUGACUGUCUUGGUGCAGACAAUUCUGGUGUUCCGGCUGCCUUUCUGUGGACCCAACAUCAUCAACCACUUCUACUGUGAUGUUGGACCAUUGUUAAAGCUGGCCUGCACCAACACCCGCCCCAUUGAAUGGAUUGUCUUUGUCAUUGCCACCAUUGUAGUCUUCAGCAAUUCUCUUUUGACGGUUGUUUCCUACAUAUUCAUCAUCUCGACUGUUAUGAGAAUCCCGUCGGCAUCUGGGCGACAGAAAGCCUUCUCCACUUGUGUUGCUCACUUGGUGGUGGUUGUCAUGUUGUAUGGGGCAAUCAUCUUUAUAUACAUCAGGCCAACAGGUCAUGCCUCACUGAAUAUGAACAAAGUGGUAUCCCUCCUGAAUACGUUGGUCACCCCACUAUUGAACCCUUUUAUCUACACUCUCAGAAACAAGGAAGUGAAAGAUGCUCUGAAAAAGGGGUUCACCAAGAACAAAAUCUUUGAGGACAACAAAUGGUAA